UCGGCUAUAAGGCGGCGGCCGGCGGGGCCGUGGGAGCGCGCGGAGCGCACGGCGGGGCGCGGCCGAGGCUGGGGCGCGGCGCUCGGAGGGACGCGGUCCCAGUGCCCAUGGCGUUCGCGCUGCUGCGCCCCGUCGGCGCGCACGUGCUGUACCCGGACGUGCGGCUGCUGAGCGAGGACGAGGAGAACCGCAGCGAGAGCGACGCCUCCGACCAGUCCUUCGGCUGCUGCGAGGGCCUGGAGGCGGCGCGGCGCGGCCCGGGGCCCGGGGGCGGCCGGCGGGCGGGCGGCGGCGGCGCGGGCCCGGUGGUGGUGGUGCGGCAGCGGCAGGCGGCCAACGCGCGGGAGCGGGACCGCACGCAGAGCGUGAACACGGCCUUCACGGCGCUGCGCACGCUCAUCCCCACCGAGCCGGUGGACCGCAAGCUGUCCAAGAUCGAGACGCUGCGCCUGGCGUCCAGCUACAUCGCGCACCUGGCCAACGUGCUGCUGCUGGGCGACGCGGCGGACGACGGGCAGCCGUGCUUCCGAGCGGCCGGCGGCGCCAAGAGCGCCCUGCCCGCCGGCCCCGACGGCGGCCGCCAGCCGCGCUCCAUCUGCACCUUCUGCCUCAGCAACCAGCGCAAGGGGAGUGGCCGCCGUGACCUGGGAGGCAGCUGCUUGAAGGUGAGGGGGGUGGCCCCGCUUCGAGUGCCACGGAGAUGAGCCUGGACCCCGGUGGCAUUUGCUCCAAGCAGGACCCUGGAGAAGGAAGCCGGAGGCCAGCCGCUGGGUGAACAGGGGAGAAGACCCCAGGAGCCGAUCCUACCCCUCGAUUGUAUAGGGACCAGAGGACAAAGGCUUGGGCCCAUGACCCCCUGGACAGGCCCCCUGGGACAUCUCUACCCCACCGUGGAGAGCUGUGAAGACCCAUCCAGCUGGCCCCAGCCCUGGCUGGUCAGAGACAAGGCAGAACUUUUGGAAAAACAAAGACUGUUGGUGACAGAGGGUGUGUGCAUGUCUGUGCAUGAGUGAGUGAGUGUGUAAAUGUGUGUGUGUGUGUGUGUGUGUGUGAGAGAGAGAGAGAGAGAGAGAGAGAGAGAGAGAGAGAGAGAGAGAGGAUGCGUGGAUUUAAAAUAAAAGGUAUUUUUAAAUAAAAGAUGUUCCCAACUGAGGAAGGGAAGGGUCUGGGGACAUCGGUGGCCAGAGGUGACCCUUCCCCUGGACCUCGGCAGAGGCACAGAUGUCACCAGUGCUGCCCUGUGCCCGGAGGGAUGGGCUGGGCGAAUGCAGGAAGACCCCAGAAGUCAAGAUCACUAAACGUUCCACAUCGUCUUCUUGAAUACCUGUUAGGUGUCUGGUGUAGUUGGCAAAGAAAUCUUAAUUUUAUUCAUUUUUGAAUAAGGAAUAUAUUCAUUCACAGGGUGCAACAUUCAAAAGGUACAAGAAGAAGGUAUACAGUGACUACAAAGAUGGGUGGUGCCAAAGGGUAUCAACACCUCUCCACCUACCCCUUCUCUCUGCAAGCAGCCUCAGCCACCAGGUGUGAUGCCCAUUUCCCGUGAAUAACCGAGCAAACACACUUCCACUCUUGACACAAAGGGUGCAUGCUACACAAGCUUUCUGCUCCUUGCUUUUUUGUUUUGUUUUCCUCUAACUUGGCUGUCAUCUCAGAUCAGGUCACAGAGGUAAAGGGCCCCCUUAUUCCUUUAGUGGCUGCUCAUUCCACUCUGAAUGUGCGAUGCAGGCAGACCUCGGAGAUAGUGCACGUUCGGUUCCAGGCCACCACAGCAAAGCAAGUAUC